CCGGAAAGGAAGAGGCGGGCUAAUCGGAUGCCCAAUCAGAAUGCCCAAGAUUUGCGUUCAGAAAAAGAAAGGGGUGAAGAUGGAACUGAGAUAAAUAUACUAGGUUUCUGGGGUUUGCUGGUUUUGUCUUUGACUGCUGGCUUGACAUGUUGUAGUUUUUCUUGGACGUUGACAUACUUUGAUUCAUUUGAACCUGGAAUGUUUCCUCCCACUCCUCUUUCUCCAUCACGUUUCAAAAAAAUGACUGGCCAUUCCUUCCAUAUGGGCUACAGCAUGGCAAUUUUGAAUGGUAUAAUGGCAGCACUAACUGUAAUUUGGUGUCUAAUAUAAUUAAUUUUUUAAAUUUUGGUCAUCCACUUUUGAAACUACCUUUUUGGGAUCUUUGGUUUUUGUGUUUGAAUUGUCAAACUGUGGUUAUUUUUUUGGUUUAAUGGAUCUACAAUUGGGUGCAUCAUAGGGUUUGUAUCAAAAAGUAAGUGACUGUUAAGUUACUGUAAUGUAUUAUUUGAAACUACUAUACACAUUGCAUUGGUAAUGUAACAUAAUUUGGGGGGAGAAAGCACUGGUAUAGAAUCAAUAUAACUCAGAUUCAGCUGCACCUUGCAUGCUGAUAGAAUUUCUGUAUACACAGUAUUUUUGCAAUGUUUUCACCAGCUACUGUAUAUUUAGUUAUGUCUUAGUACAGGCAAAACUUAAAUCAUGUGAAAAUAUAUAUACCAUGCAAGUUAAUGGAUGUUUACAAUUGUGUUAUUUAAUUUAAUUAAAUUUUUAUGUUUAAACUAGAGUAUUUUAGUUUUACGUCUUAAAGUUUUAAGUAAAAUGUAACACCUUAUGGCAAAUAGAAUUCCAAUUAUAUAAUUAGUUU